AUGGCAUGGUACUCGCUCCUCCCGGACUACCUGAAUACAUGGGAAACAUGGCUUGUUCGUUUAUUUAUACUUCUCGGCGUCCUCACAAUCGGUCCUUGGGCGGCUCUCGUUGUGUUCGAUCUUGUAUACUAUGUUGUUCGAGUUGUCGCAUAUCAAACACCCUUUGUUGGAGGUCGAGCGCAGGGUCAGCACAAACCACGCGCUCCAACGUUGACUGAGCGACCCAGUGGCCGUCGACGUGCUUUUAGUCUACGAGGGGAGGCUGCUGCCGAUGAAGCAACGCAUCUGCAGAAAGAGGUGGCGAGGAGGCUUGUGCAAGUAGGCAAUGAGAAGGAUUAG